CAGAAUCGCUUCACCACUCACCACCAUGCAACACCUAUAAUUGUUGUCACUCCCUUUGUCUCUGCCAGCAUUUCCCAAUGCUCUUCCACAAAUGUAGCCAAUUUCGCUCGUGGCUCGUUCUCAGCUCCGACCGCGUACACUCCUAAAGUCAACAACCCCGCCUCCCUGCGCAUCUGCUGAACGAAAAUCAUGCCUACCUCUACUGUAUGGCGCCUCUCCGAAGACCCUCAGAGACCUCGAGGAGUCAGCCCUAUACGGCCCCAAGCCGAUUCAAUCGAAAGACUUUCUCCUGAACCGAUCCUCCCACCCUCCACCGUCGCCGAACCUUCGACUCUGCCUCAGACCUCAUACGAGAAUGGCUACUCGUUAAGCGGACUCGGGCUGUCCGACGCGGGAAUAUCAGAUAAUACAGGAACUACGUUACAACCAGACCACUUAUACUAUGAUCAAGAUGGUGCCGCCCACGUCGGUGCUCGAGUCGUCGGCGGAGCGACUACACACAAUAGCCUACCUUCGCAAGACCUCCCGGACUGGUUAUCGAGAAAUCCUAAACUCAUUCAAGAGACUCGAAACUCCCGAGCGAAAGGCCACACACGCUCCGGUUCAACCAUUGAUGAUCUCGCCAGUGCUGCCAUUGCCACCAGUCCUGGCACGGUCAACGCAGCCUCUCCCUCCUUUUCCGUACGAAGUCCUUACUCUGCGACGCGACCAUCUACCUCCUAUAUCCAGCGAUAUAGCUACGAGGAGCUCUCCAGUGGGCCUCCAGCGAAACGAAUCAAAUCUGAGCGGAUUCCCAACCUUGAAUGGUCGCCGCGACCAAACAGACCGAAAACCAGCGGUUACGAAACGCCAGAAGACAUAACACAUGAAGAUGCUUGGCUCUUGCUCAGUCUGAAAAAUGAAGUCAACUUCAAGCGUAAGACUCCGUCACUUCAACCAGCAACUCUUCAUAAACAGGCGUAUUCACCGCCUCCAUCGCGGCAGACUUUAGGAGAUUGGAAUAUUCAGGAGACUCCUGCUGCGCAGGCACAACCAUACCAGAGCCCGGAAAGAGAGUUGAUAGACUCGGCGCUUGCACCGAACAAGGAGACUACAAAGGCGGUAGAUGCUGACCCUGGCCACAUCUCGAUGCCAGGGACAGACAACCUUCCAGUUCAACCACCAGACUUCUCGAAGCAAGGUACCGCAUCCACCGAGGCUACCGAUGGGACUCUCCCACAAAAUCCCGAUACGCAGCUCGCCCUCGGUCCUACAUCGCCAUCGACUGUGCUUAAUCAGAAGCAGAAAAGGAUACGACCAGAGAAACAACAGGAUACGUGUGCUGGAUGCCAUCGUCUCCAGCCAGAAGCUACAAAUGAAGAAGACAUCGAGAUUACCUGGAUACAGUGCGGUCCCUGCGAGCUGUGGUUCCACGAGAAGUGCGCAGGGUUCAGAACAAAAGCAGAGGCCAGAGGUGUAGACAAAUACAUCUGCAAGGACUGUGAACCUUCCCAUGGAAAGACCACUUAUGUGCGCAAGUCUUCCCGCCAAAGAACUGCCGUUGACUAUGUGAAUCUUAAUCAGGGCGUGGUCAAGUCUUCUGAUGAUACUCACACCCAUCACUACAUACAACCGAUCAAGGAGGGAAAGAUCGCUAUUUUGACGGAUGACUUUGCACGAAUCCGGCCAGAGCUCCUCACGGUAGAGUUCAUGGAGAGCGUUGAUGGAAUGAAGCGACCUUUUGUGGUUCCAUCAUGUUGGAACCCCCGAUUCGGCGCAAAUCGUCCAAGAAGCCCAAAGCCCGAAUCUGAGACUGCCACCUCUGUGCUCAUCAAUGGAGAGGGUGACUCGGUAGUCCGGGAGAUGACACCCACUCUCGAACCAGCAGAUGAAGAAGUCAUUGACUGUGAUCAAGAUUUACUCGACAUGGUAAUUCCACGCCAUCUGACCGUUCGAAAAGUGGCAGAGCUUUACGGACCACACGAGCAUGUCCCUGUCAUUGAUGUCAAAACACAAGAAACGAAGGGACAAUGGACUCUAGGAGAAUGGGCAGACUACUACGAAAAGCAAGGCGAGAAACCAAUUCGAAAUGUCAUCAGCCUGGAAGUCUCCCACAGUCCUCUCGGCAAGCUUCUACGACGUCCCAGGGUUGUUCGAGAGCUUGAUCUUGAAGACACCGUCUGGCAUGUCGACCCGGAAACACGAGCCAAGAAGCGACCUGUCCAGUUUUAUUGCCUGAUGUCUGUUGCUGACAGCUAUACCGACUUCCACAUCGAUUUCGGAGGCUCGUCUGUCUAUUACCACAUCCUGAAGGGGACGAAAACCUUCUUUUUCAUUCCGCCGGAAGACAAAUACCUCAAAAAGUACGAAGAAUGGUGUAACUCAGACUCACAGAACGAGACAUGGCUGGGAGAUCUUUGUGGCGGAAAUGUCACAAGAGUCGAUCUUCACGAAGGAGAUACGGCUUUCAUCCCUGCCGGCUGGAUCCAUUCUGUUUGGACACCAGAAGACAGCCUUGUCAUUGGAGGCAACUUUCUUACCCGAAUCGACUAUGAAACCCAACUCAAGGUCUUCAACGUUGAAAAGGCAACAAAAGUCGCCGCCAAAUUUCGAUAUCCCUUCUUCCAAAAGGUCAUGUGGUAUGCCUUGAUGAAAUAUCUCGAUGAGGAUCCCGUGCCAGAGGAAGUGGUCGAAGACUUUCGGGAAGACCCUGAUCAUACCUUCUUGCGCGCAAAUCCUGUAUGGCAUGAAAUUGGUCAUUUGGAAAACACUGCAGAACCCGGACAUCCGGCCUAUAAUUCUAGAUAUUACCCCAAAGCAGAAGUUUCAGGAUGGCCUUCACUAAGGGAUUACCUCUACCGGACUGCUCGAGUACAUGCCGGCUUGCCUGUUGCUGACAUCAACAAGAAGCAAAUCGAAGCGGUCAAAAACUCUAUCCCAAAAGAAUGCAGCGAACCCUUAGUCAUGAUCAAACUGUUCGCCAUCUGGAUUGCAUGGAAGACUGGGAAUGUGGCAGCUCCUGAAUGGGUACACUCUGAUGGCCCUUUGGAAGUCGAACAAAUUGAAAAGAUCAGGAAACCCGACAAUUAUCGUCUCCCCGGAGAACGUACUUCGGCACGCAAGGCAGCUCAGGCUCAAGCACAAGCGCAGAGCCCUCCUCCUGCUAUCAGUGUCGUUGUUCCUGCGAAACAGACUGCGAAGCUUGGUUCCAAAGGCAAUGGGAGCAAGUCAGCUUGUGAGAGCUGCAGAAAGCGCCGAAUAAAAUGCAAGCACAAGUCAGGCAGCGAAACUCCAACAAGACCUGCUCCUGAGAUCCGACCACGGAGCUUCUCGAAUGGUGCUCUUCCGGUCAAAGGAGGCCUAUUGAAUGGAAAUGUCGAACAGUAUCCAGCCUUGGAUACGCCGGGGAAUGGGUCAGACCCGAACGACCCGCAGUCGUCCAAGAAGGGAAGGACUAAAGCUUGUGAAGAAUGUCGGAAGAGCAAGCGGCGAUGCGUGCAUGAUGAAUAUGGCCGUGUCGAUCCUGCGAAGGCUGCAGAACCAUCAAAGCCUCGUGGAUCGUCCAGCUCAAAACGCCCGUCUCGACCCAGUGACGAGAAUGGACCCAACAAACGUGCAAAGACAUCCGAUGAUGCGUUGGACGACUUGAUUGAUCCAGCGCUCACAAAUGGCGAUACUGCUGUUUUUGGCGCAGAGGCAGUAGAGGAGAGUUUCCAUACGCCGGGGCCGUUUAUGGACAAUGAUCAUGACGACUCUGAGGACGCUAUCCCUAUGUUGAAUGGACGGACCGAUCCCCAGCUAACCGACGAUGACGGUCCUGACACGCCACCGGUCGAUCCGGCAUUCACCGCGAUUGCGGUCGAAACAGCCGAAACAGUUGAUAUCAAGAUGGAGCAUGACCAAGCCGACACUAUCGUGGUCGGCGGCGAUGUCACGGAAUCCGUAGCCUCGAGACACGAUAGCGCAUUUGCCACUCCUGUCCCCAUCAAGAAUGGAUCAUCUGUCAACGGAGACCAUUCAGCAAUAGCCACUUCGACUCCAGGAUCGAGGCAAUCUUCUAGGCAGCACAAACAAGUGGAGAGAUACACGCCAGAGGACAAAAGGUCACCAAGCAAAACAUACCCGAAGCCCCCGAGAAGCGACAGACGUGGGUCCAGUGCUGCGAGUGCACAAACUGCGAUGAUGAGUGAGAAAAGCCGGAGAUCGUCAAGCCAUACUUCCUCGACCCUACAUCAGAUGGCAAGAGUAGGAAUGCUGGCCGGACAUAGUGCGUCUAUCGAAGCUUCCGCCCGACCCAAUAGUAGCGGGAGUACAGCGGAAAGUGAUGUGGAUGCAGACGAGAGAUUCGCUCGAGACUUGCAGGCAGCGGAGAACGGACUGAGGCGACGGACGAGUAUGAGAGCAUAAAGUCCUGGUGCGCGUCGACUCAGACCAGUCGGCAGCCGGGCAUGUCUGUUAUGAUGUUAUGAUAGGAAAGAAGAACGGGCGUUUAUGGAUGAGGAGAGCAGGCUCUUGCAAACUGGCAAAAGGAUAUCGCUCGUCAUCUUCUGGAUGGUCCUCAGGUGGUUGAUACAAGGAUUGAUCUUUCAUGGUUUUUGUUCUUUCUAAUACCCAGAUAGUAUCAUCGGUCCUUUGGAGAGGACUGUCAAGCAUGGGCUUGGCGAGCCGUAAAGACCUCCGGGACAAUGAGAUUGUAAAUCCUCUACAAUGGCAACUAUACAAGCACUUGCGGUGGAUUUGGAAUGU